AUGCCGGAACCCCGCCUCAAGCGACCCAGGGUGGCUAGACCGAGGGCGGGGGGCGUAGCAAUUGCCGCCGCCGCUGCCGCCGCCGUGGACAACCCCCUCGAUGCGAACGUGGACAUCGUGCGCUGCCUCGCGGACUUCGUCCACGACGAGCAACACCUCUUCUUCGCGGGCGUGUCCACCCUCUGGCGGGAGGCCUGGGGGCGCCGCCCGACCUCCACCCGGGCGAUCACGGAGCACGUCACCCCGUCCCAGCUGUGUUGGAGCUUCUCCUGCGGUCUGCGGAAGCGCGCCGAGGUGUGCGAGGCCAUCGCCGGCUUCGGGAAGCUGGAGGUCCUCAAGCGCGCCCGGGAGCUCAAAUGCCCGUGGGGGAGGAGCACCUGCAUCGCGGCGGCCACCAACGGGCACCUGGAGGUGCUCAUGCACGCCCGGACCAGCGGCUGCGCCUGGAGCAAGAUGGUGUGCAGCCAGGCGGCAAGGGGCGGCCACUUCGAGAUGCUCAAGUGGGCGCGGUCGUACGGCUGCUACUGGAACAGCUGGACGUGCCAGAUGGCCGCCGGGGCGGGCCACAUGGAGAUCCUGCAGUGGGCGCACGAUAACAAGUGCAUCAUGUCCUCGCACACGUGCAAGUCGGCUGCCAGGUCUGGGCACCUCCACAUCCUCAAGUGGGCCAGGGAGAAGGGCUGCCCGUGGGACCACAUGACGUGCCGCGCGGCGGCGGAGGGCGGGCACUCUGAGGUGCUCCAGUGGGCGCGACAGAACGGCUGCCCGUGGGACAGCUCGACGACUCGCGCGGCGGCUCGGGAGGGCCACCUCUCGCUCCUGCAGUGGGCGCGGGCGAAUGACUGUCCGUGGGACGAUGCGGUUUGCCGAGAUGCAGCCAGGGCGGGCCAUCUUCACAUUUUGAAGUGGGCCAGGGCCAACCACUGCCCGUGGGGGGAGUAUACUUGCCGAGAGGCCGCCCGGGGGGGGCACCUGGACAUCCUCAAGUGGCUCCGCUCCAAGAACUGCCUGUGGAACCACCGCACGCCUGCCUCCGCCGCUUUCCACGGGCAUCUGGAUAUCGUAAAGUGGGCGAGGCUCCACGGGUGCCCGUGGGACGAGAUGACCUGCAGCGCCGCCGCGGGGGGAGGGCACCUCAACAUCCUCCGAUGGGUGCAUUCUUGCGGCUGCCCUUGGGACUCACAGACCAUCAAGAGCGCAAUUACCCACAAGCACCGCAAGGUUGUUGAGUGGGCGCUUUCGCAGGGGUGCCCGCCCCCCUGAGCACAGAAGACGAUGGCGAUCCACCACGCUGCUUAGAGAGGGGGUGGCAGAGACAGCUUAUUAUAGUCUUGCCCUGAAAGAACGGAGUCCUCCGAGAUCUUUGAAGGUUGUGCUACGUGGUCAUGUGCAUGCAUUCCCGCUUGCAACCAUGCGGCUUGAUCUUUGUGAAAUGAAGGAGUAUCGAGAUGUUCAAAUGGUCAGUAGAAAUAUUGCUGUUUGGCACGUUUGGGGUCGUGGUCUACGACACCCUGGUGUCAUCUCCUCGACCCGUGACGACAAUAAACCAACAUGCCAAACUUCUAGUUCGUCAUCGGCGGAUGUUGUGGUUGCGUCUUCGUGAGCUAGCAGAUUCACGAAGGUGACGUAAGCAUUAAGUAAGAUAGUAAAAUGUGUGUGUGUGUAGGCCUGUUCACAUCUUCGGAGUGAUAACGGGCGACAUCUGUCUGUGGAACUGACUAAAUGUAUGUCCGUCGUGGGCAUUCCAGAUGUAACUUUGUUGUGUCUGUCCUGGUUAUUUGAGACGAUUUAUAUACCCCGUGCUAGGGACCUCUAGAAAAGUUUGCGCUUUUCUCGAAUACGCAACCUUUUGGAAUUGUAUUGGAUGUGUACCGUGAUAGCCCUCCAUUUUUGAAACUGUGGAGUGGUAGAGUGGUUCGGGCGAGGAGGGGUCGAACAUGAUUGGAUGCUUUGGGUCCAGAGUGUUGUCCUGUAUCAUAGGAGCUUAUCG